GUUCUUGAACCUUUCAUCUGAUGUGCGUUGGAGACAAACAGCAAAAAAAAAAAUGAUGCAAUAUUUCUCCACCGCUGAUAUGACAACUCCCUUCUUAGUGCCAACAGAAACUUACUGGUGGUGUUUGUUGUUGAUAACCCAUUUCCAUGGCAGGGAAAGCGAAAAUGACUCGUAAGUUUCGUUUUCCUGACUACAGCUGAUUCUGUCGUAUAUAAGUAACGCGGCAGUCUGCAGAGCAACAUUCAGAGGACAAUCACCGCUUCAGCGUUUCUGCGGAUCUACAGGCGACAGAAAAUAAAGCAAAAAUGAGCACACCAACAGGUUGGACUCCGUCUUUCUGGCUGGAUAUAUUUGAUGAGCUGCUUUAUGAUGACAAUGAGCUGGACUACGGAGACGAGUGGAAUCUAAACUUUAACUACACCCAAACAAACGAAAUCACCAAACAAGAGAGGAAGAGAGGCUGGAAGGUGUAUUCCCAUUGUGCCUUUGGAAAGUUCCAGUGCGGAGCUUGUCGUAAGACCUGGCGUUCGGCUCGAGCGGUGGUGCUGUUCCGCUACCGGGUGCGAAACGGCCGGGGGACGGUGAUAAUGCGACCUUUUGGCCAAGCUUGUCGUCGUUGUCAGGACGGGGAAUAUGAUCUUCCAGGUUUCAACAGGAAAGAUGUGGAACAUGCUUUGCUCAGGCUUUUUUCCAAAAUCCGCAAAAAUUGCUACGGAGAGGAGGAAAGCGACGAUGGUUCUUCGACAUCCUCUGCUAAAGUGUGGACCAAGCCCCAUGAGGCAGCACUGUGUGAGGCCUGCCACCUGGGCAUUUGCUGUCUGGAGGAUGAGUGAAAAGAGAGACAUUCCAUCGUUCUUGGUUUUGGGAGACCUUAUCCUUGACAUUUUGAGGUUGUAAAUAUGUCAGAUAAAGUUUGACGUGAUGCUGGGACCAAAAAUUAGCUUUUGUAAAAAUUAAAAUUACUUUGGUAAUUGUUUUGUUUAGUUACGGUAAACAUAUUGUACAUUUGAUACUUGUGCAUUUAUGAUAAAAAUAUUUCACCUUAUUUUAUAAUGAUCUGUACUUUUUUAUCAUUCAAUUAAAGUAAUCUAAAUAUAUCUAUGCAAGUGGGAGUUUUUUCCUUUUUUUGUCAGAUGUUCCACAAAGUUUGAUAAUGUUGGCAAUG